AACUAAAACAGCUUAAAGAAUUUCGAUUUUGCGCAGCCCUGAAGCUAUCCUUUGGAUAAUCCUUCUGGAUUUAGCCAACGCUCCUUGUAGCUUUAACUCAAUAGACCACUGAACAAUCAAAUAAAAUGAACUAGAUUAGCCCUAUUAAAACUACUAAUAACAUAGAGAAUUAAGAGGAAAGAUAUGUCAAUUUUCAAAGUACUUUUUUGGCAUACCCGUUGGCGAGAACAAACAUAGAAGCAAAAUGUAAAACAAAUACGGAAAUGAAAUAGCAUGGAGCACGUUUUUGCAACACUUAUUUUUUAUGUGUGGCUUUAAAGGCGUGAACUACAAGGACAUGUGAAACUGCAUUUGAUUCUUAAGAGAGAAAACUGUCUUUGUUAGAAUGGAUUGGAUAGUUUUAACAAAACUUUUGAUUAUACUAAUAUCGUAUCUACCUCAAGGAGAUUCAGGCCCAGGCUUGAUAGAUGUGGAAAAUGGCCAAUCUUUUCAGUACUUUGGCUGCUACUAUGAUUCCAAAAAUAUCAAGUCGUUUUCGAUUGGAGACUUUACUCAAGUUCCAGACCCCAUCGGGUCUUGUGCCAAAGCGGUCCAAGCGGAUGGACAUAGAAUGUUCUUUUUGAAAAAUGGAGGUCAUUGUUUAUCAGUGCAGGGAAAAGUGGAACAGUUUUUUCAGGUCAAGAAAUCAUCUCGAUGUGUAAAUGGUCUUGGCGGUAAUGGAUUGAUGGAUGUUUAUGUCUUCAGUAACGUCACUGUGAGCUGCCCUGUUGGAAUCAGACGUUUUCUAAAUCCUUAUUGUCUCCGACUAAUGAAGAAAGAAAUCAAUGACAGCAAGAGAGCCUAUCAACUUGUCCCGACUUUCCUUAAUCUAUUCCCUGGACUAAACGCCACUUCUGGGCAACUUGUGAAGAUCUAUCAAAAGGAACCGAUAAACGCUCGUUGGAUGGGUAUAUAUACAGCCAUUACCCCUAGAAAUUAUCUCAUUGCUACUAAAUUUCUGAACAAGACAAACGGAAAAGAGUUUGAAACAGUUGAUGACUACAAAGCCGUUCUGAAGUUUAUGAUUGAGUCACAGUACAGCGUGAUACCAAAGGAGCAACACAAGUAUUUUCAGCUGUAUUUCAUGCAACCAGACAAACCUUUUGGAAGAUUGACUAGACUGUGCAACUGGAGGGAAGAUAGAAUAUUCACCGACCAAAGAUUUGCAGGCAUCAACCCCAUGUCAAUACAAAGGAUUUCUGGAUCAAAAGCAAAAGCUGGAGUUCAGUGGAGUAGUCUUCAGACAAAACUUAGCGAUACGUUCAACUGGGAAGCAGCCACUGUUGAUGCCUUGGGGAUGCAAACUACCUUAGCAGAGGCGAUUAACAGAGGUCACGUGUUCGUUCUUCAUUACCCGGUGCUUGAUGGGAUACCUUCUCGAAAUGAAACUCCGUCAACAGUGAAAAAUAGGAAACUCAUGUCAGCCGUGUCACCAAUUGCGGUGUUUGUUUCAAAGCCUAGUAGAGAUAAAAAUCAGUCGAACAAGAUUAUCCCAGUCGCUAUACAGAUGGGACAUACAAAAGACUCACCCGUGUUCACGCCAAAAGAUGGCGAUCAAUGGUUACUGGCAAAGCAGACUGUCCAGGUAGCAGACUUCGUCUACGCAGGAUCCGUCGAACAUCUUCUGAAAACACAUCUUCUUAUUGAGCCGAUUUGUGUUGCUGUUCGUCGCCAUUUCCACAAACUUCAUCCAUUACGUCAAAUCUUACAAUUCCACUGUCGAGGUGUCCUGGGUACUAAUAGGUUUUUUAUCAAGACGCUAACUGGUAUCCAUGGGACGUCGGACAGGUUGUUUGGUGUCGGUUAUAAUGGAGGUUACGCCAUCAUGAAGAGAGCUUUCAAAGAUUUAACGUGGGACGAUACAGACUUUCCAGCGAACAUCAAGAAAAGAGGACUGGACGACAAGAGCAAAGUACCAUACUUUCCAUACAGAGAUGAUGGCGAGCUGAUUCAUACUAGUAUUAAAAACAUGCUCAACGAAUAUGUUAAGCUGUAUUAUAAACACACGUGCCAUGUCAGAUUUGAUCCCGAGCUUCAAAAUUUUGCUAAUGAAGUGUCUUUUGAGGGCAAGUUCAAGCCAGAUGGAGGUCAUGGAAUGUACACUGAAUUGAAGUAUGGCAACCAGUAUGAAUAA